UGGAUCAGAGUUACACACGCUCAUCGUUAUCUGUGUGACAACAAUGCAUCCACCAUGAGCAAACAAAUGGAAAUGCAUUACCAAUUACAACAAAAGUAAUGUUGCUUAUGUUAUAUUAUCUUCAAAUCAAUUUCGUCGUGUUUUAUAAGAUAAGAGGUUGGUUGUAACACUGCUGUCGCCACUGAGGAGCCUAAAUGUUUUGUUUUUUAAAAAAAAUCGUCACUCGUUGAUCAGCUGUUUUUAGUCAAUUAUAAGUAUUAAAUCACAAAAUGGUAGUAGAAGUCGAGAGCUUCUUUGGCGUAUACAUGUUAUUUUGCACCAAUCCUAAAUUUAAAGGUCGCAUCUAUAUUGGAUUUACGGUCAACCCUGAGCGUCGCAUUGGACAGCACAAUGCUGGCCGACAUCGAGGGGGAGCGAAGAGGACGAGUGGGAAAGGGCCAUGGGAAAUGGUUCUGAUUAUUCAUGGUUUUCCUUCGGACAUUGCUGCUCUACGGUUUGAGUGGGCGUGGCAGCACCCGCACUCUUCGCGGCGGCUGACCCACGUGCCGCGGCGCGCCACGAAGGAGUCGAGCCUGCAGUUCCACUGGCGCGUGGUCUCGAGCAUGCUGCGCGUGCCCCCCUGGGACCGCCUGCCGCUGACCGCCCGCUGGCUCAAGCAGGAGUACCGCAUGGACUUUGGGCCCGGCCUCCAGCCGCCCCUCCACAUCCCGCUGGCGUUCGGCGCCGUCCGGGCCAAGAAGCAGCAGCAGCAGCAGCAGCCGUCGCAGUCUGAGGAAGAGGAAGAGGUGGCGAAGGACUCGUGUUUCCUGUGCAAACGUCCCGUCAAGGCCGCAGAACGACUGUCCUGCCUCCAACCUUCCUGUCCCAUGACCAGCCACAUGAUUUGCCUGGCCCAGCGUUUCCUGCACGCGGAGCCGUCCCACCUCCUCCCAGUGGAGGGCGAGUGUCCAUCCUGUCACCACUCUGUGCUCUGGGGUAGCCUGCUCCGCCAUCAAAAGGGUUGCCACGGAGACCUGGAAGAGGUCACCGCUGCCACUUCCUCAUCACAUAGCCACUGGGCAGACCAACUGCAGAUAUGACCAAACGAAGCAUGUAAAUAAUGCAAUCAUGACAAGACAUGUCAAGUUAAGUUAAGUCAAGUUACAGGAUACACAUUUGUUUUGUUUACUGUAUUAGAAUAUUCCAUAUACUUGGUGGUAAUAGGACUAGAAGGGGAUGCUGAGUACUUUUGCACUUAAAAAAGUCUGUAUCGGAAAACAUUUUUCAAUAGAGGAUAAUAACAGGAUUGAGCAGAAGGCAAUAUAAAGUAGCUUUGUAACAAAGGAAAGCAGGGUAAGGAACUUUGAAGUAUAAUUUUUUUAUAAAAAAUGUACAUGUCAAGUUAACAUUUUUAUUAUUUUUUUUAACAAGUUGCAAGAUACACAAUUGCUUUGCAUACUGUAUUAGAAUACUCAUAUACUUGGUGUUAAUAGGACUAGGAGGGGAUGCUGAGUACUUUAGCACUUAAAAUCUCACCUUCAGCGGCUUGAAGCAAAGUUGCUGAUAUGUUUUGGGAGUGUACUGAACACUUUGCAGUCUCAUGUGAACACAAAAUCACCACACGUUAUCUUGCAUAAAAAAAUGAAAUAAAGACCUAUCUGUUAAAGAGUGUAUUCUAUUCAAUGGUAAAAAAAAAGUAUAUCAAUCAUUUAAAAUGAUUUAUUAGUAUGUGCAUUGGUGUGGAGUGUGUGUGGAUGAUGGCCAGUUAAAGCAGCCUCACCGGGCCUGAGUCUGACUGAUACAACUCUGGGCUGGGUGAGGCUGCACACCUGUGGUGCAUCCAGCCAUCCCCACACACACCCCAGAGAGCCCCUGCUCCGACGGUCAACACACUCUGAAAUAAACGGGUCAACUAAAGUCAGUCACCUCGGUGGUUUGUAACUGGGAUAACAUACAUGGCUUUACAUAUGAUUGUGUUAAAAAUAAUGUUUUACAUAUUGCAAAUGUUCACAAGAGUUAAUAUCAAACUUGGCACCAGAAUGAUGACAAUCUGAAGGAUCAGUCGGAUGGCUAAAUGUCAGAAGGUUAAUCAGUAAAAGGUAAUGCUUUCGACAAUGAUUCAAUGCCAACACUGUGCAUGUUGCCUCAACAUCUGCGUAGCAGUAAACCAUAUAUGUGGUUUUAAUGGAUGUGUUAGUCAGUGAUUCCUCUUUACUUUCAAAGCAUUUGUCUUCAUUCAGGAGCAGAAAGGUUGGAAGGGGCUUGCACAGUGAUCACAGGCUGGAAGGGAAAACACAAUCACAAUGAGAACCACAGGAACUGAGGUUAUGCAAUGUUCCCUUAUCCAAUGUUCUACAUCAUGAAGGACGAUGUCAAAAAGGGACAUCACUUUGGACCAAUUAUGAAAAUUUGAUUUGUUCGAUUGCAGAAUAACCUACUAAUACCAAAGGAUGAGUUGGGGGUUCAAAGUUUGAAAUAGCCCCAAAAGUAAGCUUGGCUUGUGCUGUUAGACAUUUCCCUCACCAUUCUGGAUCCCGGUGAACAACAUUUGAUCACUUUGCAGCAGUAGACCGCCAGGGUAACGGAGAUAGCCACCAGUGCCGUCUGCACCAGCGUCCCCCCCGCGUGCAGGUUAUGGAAGGCAUUCUGUUGGUGAACACACAGGGCCGUGGCCGUUAGACGUCCAUAGCACUAAUAGAUGCUGCAGGGUCACGCCUCAAUGUAGUGUACAAAUGCAACUUUUACCUUUAAUUAUGUCUGCCUGAACUUUAUUUUUUGCACUUAUAUGAACCUGAAAAAUACUUACAUUAACACAUUUUGGUAUUUUCUUUUAUAUUUAUAUUUUGCAAGACCCAAAAUGAAUACCAAAUAAAAAAAAUCAUUUUAUCCAACUUCCUGGCAGAUUCAACAUUCUUGGCCCACCUCCAACUUGUGUUGCACAAAAUUCCCAAUUUUUUCCGCAGCGUUGAACGUAGAAGAUGAAACAUGGGAGACGGUGCUACUUGCCUCCAUUUUUUUG